AUGGAUAUCGUGCAGGAUGUUGACGAGAUUGAGAUUGCUCCUAAGCAGACCACCCAGAAGCGAAUCCAAGUUACCGUCGACGAUGCGCAUCCCUUUGACCUUGAUUCCUACAUCACCGGGUACACAGGGCGCACUGCGAUUGAUCGUUUACUACACAUAAUCCGACUCUGUCCCACCCUCGCACCUCAAGCCUAUCAACUGGCAGUGAAAUAUAUACACCAGGGACGUGACCCAUCGAUAUACCAGACGCUCAUAGCUGCCUACGAAACUGCCGCCGCCAGUGUCAGCGGGCAACUCCCUCCAUGGCAAGAGCUUGCACCUCUUGACACUAGGUGGAUUGAAGAAACCAACCAGAAGAACCAGGCUGAGCGGACUAAGCUUGAGGUUGAGCUAAAGACGUACUCAAACAACAUGAUCAAGGAGUCUAUCCGAAUGGGUCAUCGCGAUCUGGGGGAUUAUUAUCGUGCUGUAGGCGACCAAUCCAACGCGAUAAAGCACUACACCAAGUGCCGUGAGUUCUGCACGACAAGUCAACAUGUCCUCGAUAUGUCGAUCUCCACACUCGAACUCCUCGUCGAACGCCGGUCAUAUGCCCACAUAACAACUUACGUUUUCAAGGCAGAAGCGGCGAUGGAAGCCGUGCAUGCGACAACGGACAAGAAGGAUGCAGCCUCCAGCGCUGCAGCAGCUCAAACCCUUCCGCCCGGCUCCCAAGCCGCAGCAGCCAGUAAGAGGAGCGCGGACAAGGAGAAGGUACAGACGAAACUUCAGUAUGCCACUGGCCUGUGCAGGCUCAGCUCGGGUAACUACGAGCGCGCUGCCAAUUCGUUUUUACAUCUGGGCCCUAUUAGCAGUUUGGCAGAGUGGAACGGGACACUCGUCUCGCCUUCUGACAUCGCGAUCUACGGCACCCUAUGUGCGUUGGCAAGCCUGUCGCGUGGCGCAAUCAAAGCACAGGUUCUCGACAACGAUAACUUCGGCGUGUAUAUAGAACAAGAGCCGUACGUGCGAGAGCUGCUCGAAGCCUGGAUGCACAGUCGUUUUAAGACCGUGCUCGACUUGCUCGAAAGAUAUUCUACCCGCCAUCUCCUUGAUCCUCAUCUAUCCGGGCACGUGCAAGACCUCACUCAUGCUAUCCGGAGCCGCGCGCUCGUGCUAUUUUUCCAGCCUUUUGCCUCGCUCAAACUCGAGCGCAUCGGAGACGCAUUUGGAUGGCCUAUCGAGGAGACAGAGAAACAGGUGGUCACCUUGAUACAGAGCGGGGAUAUCAAAGCGCGUGUGGAUAGUCAGAACAAGAUCCUGAAGGCCAAGGAAGUUGAUCCGCGUUCUGCGCUGUUUUCCAGAGCGAUACAGAGCAGUGCCGACAUGCAGAACGCAACAAGGAAGUUGUUGCUGCGAUUGAAGCUACAGCAAGCAGAACUUGUCAUCAAGACGCCUAAAUCACAGGGUGGAUAUGCUCAUGAUAUCCUUAACGACUAG